AUGGCUCAUACUCUAGCCAUUUCCUGGUGCUGAUCCUUGGCGAAAAUCUGGCUCUCCCGCUUAUUAGAUACUAUCCAAUUUCUCAGGCUCCUGAAAAGUUUUAAAAUGGGCAAGCUAGAAAGACAAUCAAUACCCCUAUUAGCUGUAUGAUUGAGUAUGUGGGAACAUACGAGAUUCCAUUUGUGUCAAUUCGGACCAUUUUCUUUGAUGCGGACAUAAUGAUUUCUGAGAUCAGAUAUUGGUUGGGUUUCUAUGCUCCAACACCUUGCAAUGGUAGGCCCUAUUGGCUAAUUUUUCCAAAUUUUGGUUUUUCAAUCAUUGAACGAGUUAUAUAUUAUUGUUUUUUCCGUUAUUUAGGUCGCAAAAAUGCUUUCUGUGUGGCUUAUAUAAACUCCUUUUCGUAUCUAUGAGGGUUCAGGACUGCCCUCUAAAGAAUGUGUGAUCUGUUGAUUUACAUUUUUCUCCCAGUCUUUCAGUUGCAAUACAGGAUUGUAUCAGGCUGCAUUUGUUUUGAUUUCCGUGUUAUACUAUUUUUGUACAUCAGCAGCUUUAUUCUUACCUGAACAGUGAUUGAUGUUCUGUACCCGAUUUGUAUUGUAGUCGUAGCUUUAAAGUCCAAAUUUUCAUAAUUCAGGUAUUUAAUUUAUUGAAGUAUCGAUACAAAACAGAUUUUGUCUGGAUAAAUUUCUGACCCCAGGGCUGCCUUCCGAUGGCUGCUUCCUGCACAGAAGUCUCAACAUUAAAUGUGUCUUAUUGAAUUUUAUGUUUAUGCAGGCAUAGGAUGGACGUCCUGGAAGAAAAGGUGGUUUAUUCUCACACGUACAUCUCUGGUUUUCUUUAGAAGUGACCCAGUAAGUAUGUGUUUAUUUUCACAGUUUAUCAGCACUGCUUGUUGAUGUUUGCUAGGAUGCAGAACUAGAAUCAACUUAGCAUUUGAAUUGACAAAUAAGGUCUAUUUUCAUGUAACAAUAAAUAAAAAGGGAUAACUCUAUAUCAAGUAAAAGAGUAAUAUCCAGCUGUAGAUAGAAUUGUGAUUUUUUUUCAGAUAUUAAUUGGAGCACCUUUUUUUUCUUCUUUUUACUUGCCUGCCUUGGCCUUCGUUGACAAGACAUAAUUUGCUUUCAGAAUGCUCCAUCUCAAAAAGGAGGUGAAGUGAACCUCACGCUUGGUGGUAUUGACCUCAAUAAUUCAGGAAGGUGGUUACUGUAUUUUUAUUGGUCUCAUUGAUGUUCAUCCUUAAGUGCCAAUAACCCCUUCAAUGGAUCACAGUCAUCUGUUUUGCAUUGAUUAAUUGAAAACGUCCCUCAUGGUGAUGAUAAUUUUACAGCGUGGUUGUCAGAGCAGACAAGAAACUUUUGACAGUACUCUUUCCUGAUGGCCGUGAUGGGAGGGCUUUUACUCUUAAGGUUUUCAUCCUUGUAUCCGUUUCCUUGUUCUGUCUUAAGUUAAUGAUUUCUGUUAAUCUAAUUUUGUGGUCCAAGGCUGAAACUCUGGAAGAUAUGAAUGAAUGGAAAACUGCUCUGGAAAAUGCUUUGGCCGAAGCCCCAAGCGCAGCUCUUGUGAUGGGGCAAACUGGAAUCUUCCGGAAUGAUGCAAUGGAGUCAAUUGAAACUUCUUUUGAGCAGUGUAACAUUCUGUGCUCAUCUUUCUCAUGUUUCACUAACGAGACGUAUUUUUUCCCCAUACAUGCAACCCUGAAUUUAUGUUUCACUCUAGGUAUGAUAUUCAUGAUUUUUCAGGGAGGGACAAAAGGUCAGCGAAGUCUAUGAUUGUUGGGCGACCAAUUUUACUCGCUUUAGAAGAUAUUGAUGGGAGCCCGUCUUUUUUGGAAAAGGCCCUGAGAUUUAUUGAGCAAUAUGGUAAAACCUUUAUUUCCGAAUAUGUAUUGUUUUCUGGUACUCAUGAUUGCAUUGGAUGCAAUAUAAAUGAAGCUGGAACUCAUGCCAAUACUACACCGCGAGAGAGAGAGAGAGAGAGAGAUGUUCUCUGUAGAAAGUGAUUGGUACCACAUAUCCACAUAACAUUGGUAACGAAAAAAAUAUUUUAAGAUGUGAUUAGCAUGCUACCCAAAGUACAUUAUCUGGGUACCUCAAAACACCACUAACCUUCCACAAGAACAUGGGACAAUUUCCAAACCCACCUUGACACACAUAUGGUUUAGUCCACAAGCAAAAUAAUGAAUCUUCUCGAUUUAUUGUCUAAUUUAUAAACCCAUUUUACUAGAGUUUCGGAUUCUCUGACAUUAGGGAUGAGUAUUUUAAGCAUAAAGAAAUGAUUUAAUAUAGGUACUCUUCUAGUUGCAGAGAACAUUAGAAGAGUUGUAGCUUUUAUAGAGGACAUCAAAAGCAUGCUUGUACAUCCCGUUUUGAUUGUUAUAAUCUUAAGUAACCAUGGCACUACCUGCUAGUAAAAAGAUGAACCCUGAGAGAAAUAAUACUUCAUUCUUGAAAUCCCAUAUGGAUCUCACGUCAUAAUUUCUGUCGUACAAGUUACUGAUUUGCAGAAUUAUUAGACGUGGUUGCAAUGCUUGUCAUUGGUGUCAUGGAAAUUUAUCUAAGUUCGAUUGCUCUGGAAAAUGUUCAAUUUCUGACCUCCAGUUCCUAUCUCUUGCUGUAUUGAGAAGCGAAAUUUCUUCCUUAUAAAUUAAUGUACGUGUAUUAAAUAAAAGAUAUUUCCACCAACAUAGGAAUUUCCUUUGGAAUUCUCUCUGAAUAUUAAUUUUUAAAUAUUCUUCUUUUUGAUUUGUUUAUUCAGUACAGUGCCAACGUAAAAGUGAUAUAGACUAUUUAAUAGUCAGGUUUUAUUUGAUACACUGCUGUUAAUCGGACAGGAAUCAAAGUAGAAGGUAUCUUGCGGCAGUCUGCUGAUGUGGAAGAGGUUGAGUACCGUGUUCAGGAAUAUGAGAAGGGUAGGUUUGUUUGUUUUUUUUUGUUCUGUUUUUCAGGAACCUGAUGCUGGAAAAGUGUUUUUUAUAGUUUUUUUAGAUAAUUGUCAGAAAACGGCCAGGAAAUCAUAAAUUAUUUCCUUUAAUGUUUUUGGAACCUGCUACAACUUCAUAACCUCAUUUGAAUGUCUUCACCUUUUAGGAAAAAAAGAAUUCUAUCCUAACGAGGAUGCACAUGUCAUUGGUGAUUGUAUAAAGGUAGCUCUUUCAACUUUUUUAGGUUCAUGUGACAAUUAUUCUCUCGACAGUUUCAAGAAAAUGUUGAAGCUUCCCAUUUGACUUUUCUUUCCAGCAUGUGCUCCGGGAGUUGCCAUCAUCCCCAGUUCCUGUAUCAUGUUGCACGGCACUUUUGGAGGCAUUUAGUAAGUUCAUUCUCUGGUAUCCUGUCACCUUUUCUUUGAAAGGAAUGUUGGAAGAAUACCUUUAGUUGUCGUUUAGUACAUCAGAAAAGAAUCUAUUAUGGACAAGUUUCUGCCUUUUGUGGUUGUCUGUGGGUCGUAGGAAAAAAAAAUCAAACAAGUGAUUAAUUCAUGCCAAUGAUACUAAUCGAAUUUCUUGCUUUUGGUCACAUCCGUAUGAUUAAGAGUAAAUUUUAAUUCUUAUCUCAUUUUCUUUUUACUUAGGAUCUGAUCGGAGAAGCAGGAUCGGUGCAAUGCGUGCUGUUGUAUCUGAAAUAUUGCCUGAGCCAAAUCGUUGCUUGUUGCAAAGGUGAAAUAUUUACUUAGUUGAUCCUAGACUCUGCAUUAGCUGCCCAAUGGUAAAUGAGGGAUUGUUUUCUAAUGAAUAGAGUUGAUGGAUUGAUUUUUCAAACAUACAACCUCGCUUUGUUGAAAUGCAUCAUAUUUCCUUGCACAUCAGCUGACUUUUGCGUUUGUCUUGCUCGUGUGGACCAUUCCAUGUUUCUAUUUUCUUUAUCAUUGUAAUGCUUGCCUGUAAAUAUUUAAAUAUUGACUGAAAGAUCGUGCCCUUGAUUCAAUAAAAUGAAGAAUUAAUUAAAGGAUGGGAUAGUGAAUAGUAACCAACAUCUUUUUCGGCCACAGAAUCUUGGCAGCUUGUAUGGUAAGAAUGAUGUUGCCAUCGUACGCUAAGAACUAAACUCAAGUGGGAAAAAAAACCUGGAUUCACCAAGAAACCAUUGAAUUCACCUAAUUCCAAAUGUGUUGCUACCUCUCUAAUGUAUAUUUCCUUAAUUGUUUAGCUUAAUAAGAUCUAUUUUAGAUGAUGAAGUUCCUUCAAACUUUCGGGACAGUAACUGCAAUAAAAGUUAUUUUAUCAGAGGUUGAUGUAGAGUUGACAGAAGUUGUGUCCCUCGAUAUGUGUGGAGGACAGAAUGAUGGUAGCUUGCCAGUUUUCAACCUGUCACGAUACCUCGAUAUGUGUGGAGGACAAAAGUGUUGACAAAGGAGUGCUCUGGAUCUGAGGUUUUAAUUUUUUCCAAUUGUAAGAAUUUUAAUGCAUAUAUCCAAAAUUAGCAGCGCCCUUGCGUGAUCUCAAGAAUGUAGGUCUUACUCUUUUCUACCUAUUGGAUUUCCUUAUUGGACCAUACGAAUUUGACCCUGGUUAUGUUAACCUUCCAGAACGUGGCAACAGCCUUAGAAUCCACCUUGAGAGACCUAAAACUCUACUGGAGACAACACAGAACAUGAUGAUGCAUACAAUCUCGACAGAUAGUGGCCACAGAUAACCUAAAGAGUCAACAGACUGUGAAGUCGUCAUUUCACUUUCAUAGAUGUAUUGGCACUUGGAUAGCCCUUCUGCUCAUGAAAGAUUGAAAUUCUCACGGAUUUGAACAUCAAACAGUUAUAUUUGAAUUAGCGAUUUUAAACAGGAUGCCUACCAAUUUGAAAGGGUUGUAUUUGAAGACGUUUCAGUUGGUGAUUACACUUUAUCAUGCAUCAUGAAUAUAUUGUACAAAUUCAAAUUUCAUAUCUUCAUUCAACAAUUCCACCCAAAGUCAAAUUGGUUUCACUAAUCCUUCCAGAACCUUAAUAAUAGAGGUAGCCAUAUCACUUGAUAUGUGAUGUGGUGGCAUUUUUUAUGUGCAUAAACCACCCCAAAUGUUUUUCAUUGACUUUAUACUUUAUUAUUUAUAUGCCUUAAUUGUCUGUAUUAUUUAUUAGACGUGGGAAGCUGACCAUAGACCGUGUGGGUAUUAUGAAAAAUACCUCUACAGUGUCAUUCCUCUGGGUAGUCGAAGAGAUAUGAACAUGUUGGCAAGGACAGGGCCACCAAAAGUUGAGCGGAGUUCAAUGACUUAUACGAAACAUCUUAUGGAUUAUAAAACGACAUGAACAAUGAGAUGAUUAGGUGAGAAAGUCAUUCGACAGAGAGUGAUCACUUUUAUCUGUCAUAGCAUGAGAGAGUAAGUUAAGAACUUGUUUAUUGUUUUUAUAGUGUUUUUCUCCUCUCUUAACUUUUCAUUUUUCUAAAUCUUGGUGCUAUUCUAAAAACACUUUACACCUACCAGCAUUGUAAUACAAAUUUUCCAUAAUUAACUCUUCCCUCUUCUUUGACAUCUAUCUAAACAUUCUCUUUCACAAGUCUUUUCUUAUGAAGUUUCUUAAAUUCUGAGUAAAAUUGUAAUCUAAUAACCUAGACUGUUUACCUGAAACUUUUAUUUGUUUCCCCAGGAUUCUUAAGAUGAUGCGACUGGUUGCUUCUCAUAAAUCUGAGAAUAGAAUGACUGUUUCAGCCGUUGCAGCGUGCAUGGCUCCCUUGCUUCUUCGUCCACUCCUUGCUGGUGACUGUGAGCUCGAGGAUGGUUUUGACUUAGGUGGCGAUGGCUCUAUUCAGCUUUUACAGGCUGCUGCGGCUGCUAACCAUGCACAAGCUAUUGUCAUAAUCUUACUUGAGGAGUAUGAAAAGAUAUUUAAUGUAAGUAUACUACUUUGUGCUAUAGACUUCAGAAAUUCAUGCCUGAUUUGGCACUUUUCGUUGAUAUUUUCAUUUCUAGGAGAACUUAAGUCAAAGAUUUAAACCAAGUUGGCCUCUACAUCAAGAGAAUUUUAUUUGUUCUGUAUGUGCCUCUAAAUUUAAUCUGAAUUUUUUUCCAAUGGCUAGUUAGCAAUAUCUUAUACUUGCAGUCAUGAAUCUUGGUCGUGAUUAUAAUUUGGAUUCAUGAUGAAUAGAGAUCACUGACGUAGUUAUUUAGUUUGGAUAAUCAUGUACUAUGAUUUAUACUUUGUGCAGGAAGAUGCAUUUCCUUCUGAGCUUUGUUCUGGUUCAGAAGACUGUGAUAGUGAAGACGAGGAUGAUGAUGGAGAUGAGUCAACAGAUGAUGAAAUCCUGGAAGAUGAAGGAUACCACGAUGCCCAGAAUGAUCUUGACCAAUUAACCGAGGAAGAUCCAGAAAAUACAUCCAGUGGAUCUCUAGAUGAAAGUGGUAGUGAUUUGUGUGGUGAUCUGUAUGACAUUAAGGUCAUGUUUGUCCUUCCUUUUUGACAUUUAUUGUUAUUAUGUUAUAAGAUAGCAAUAAGCAGGUAUCAUAUUUGGCUACUGGAUUAACUCAUCUAAUAGAAAACAGUCAAAAAAUGUGACGACUAUGUGACGACUAUGUUAUUAUGUUAUAAGAUAGCAAUAAGCCUUUUAUUUUUCUCUGAUAUUUUAUUGCUCUGAGCAACUCGAUUUUUCAUUUUUAUUUUUAUUAUGUUAUUAUGUUAUUAUGUUAUAAGACAGCCGUUUCAUUUUCCAUGCCAUCACAUUUUUCCAUGAUUUUACUUCUCUGGUUGUUUUGUCUUUCGCUCCAAGGGAUAAGAGUGCCCUAACCAGUUUUUCAUAUCUAGAAUGUAGUUUAAAUUAUAGGUAGCCUGUUAUCUCAUCUUUUCCAUUCAUUUUCUCCUUGCUGGUUAAAUUCAAAAUAUGAAUUGAAGUAUCCAUGAUUCACUGAAUAGAACCAUCUCUUUUUAUUUGCAAUGUUCUCAGUUAAAUUUCCUGUUCCAGGAUAUCAUCAUUGAUCACAGUUUUGCUUUCAUACGUUACCUUUUUUCAUCAUUUUGUGUUCUGCACAUGCACAAAAUCGUGCCUAUUUUUUUCAUCAUCUUUUCUAACACUGUUCAUGUAUCAUUUGUUUCAGGCUGCUGAGGAUCAUGACUCGCGCGUUGCAUCUCCCAAGUUCAACAAUGAUGUUGAAACCACCCAGAAAUACGCAGAGAUAGCCUUAUCAACGGUUGUACAACGUAAUAUAAAGGAAGAGCAAUCGUGCCCAUCUCAUUAUCCAUUAUCUUGUCAUGAUAGCUUACAAAACUCUAGCAGUUCUCGGUGUGAAGAUAGUGCUCUCUCAGCUCCUAACAUCACGGAUUCUCAAGAAUAUUUGGAGUGUAUUCGUGCUUCACCAAGUUCACUGCAGACGUCAGUCAGCAAUAUAACUCCUUCGUGUGUUACUAAAUUCACAGAAAAGUUAAACGCACCAGUAUCAAAAAUCAAACCCCCAACUGUAUGGGGACGUACCUCGGUGAGUACUUUGCUUUGUGCUCGAUCUAGUUUUGCGCAUCUUUUCUCAUUUAUUUUAUUUCAGGCUAGAAAGAACCUCUCUUUGGAGUCAAUUGACUAUUCCGUUGAAGAUGAGUAAGUCUCUCCUAUCCCCUUGAUCAUAUGCAUCUCAAAUGUAUGUGAAUUCCAUUGAAGAUGAAUUCUGAAAUCAAAUGUACGAGUAUCUUUUCUUCAUCUUUAAAAUUGAAAACAAUGGGCAGGAUUCUUUUGGGGGGCGUCAUGAUAAGGAAUGGUAGGGACGAGGAAAAAGGAAUGGAAGUGAAGAAGAUAGGGAGAGAGAAAAUUGAAGAAAAACUACCCAGAAUAAUAGAGGAAGUUUUGGGCUUUGCAUCCUUCCCCUUUCCCGAUAUUAUAUCUCUCCCUCCUUUCCCUCUCUCCCAAUACUAUGUACACACUCGUGCUCGUUCAUUGUAUGUCAAAAGGGCAACCCAAAGCCUGAUAUCAUCACCAUUUAUAUGAAAGAUGGCCAUUUAAAAUAUGUUAUUAUGUCAUUGGUAUCUAUGUGUAACUGGUAGCACCAGUGGAUUUCAGAAAAUCUAAAUUCUAAUUUUCUUGGUACAUGUGCAUCACUCUUUCCCAGCAGAAAGACUGCUACAGCCUUGUUUCGGUUUUAGUUUCUGAAUUGUCAUAGACUCGUCUGAUUCCAUUGUGGAUAUUAACGUCUUAACACAUUACUUGUGCAUUAUGGCCGGUGUUGUCAGUACUUGUGCAUUAUCAGUAAUAAACGUUACAUUUCCCAAGGACUAGGGUUAAAAUAGAACAAAUAUACCAACUGCUGUUGACUACGGAUUGAUAACUGCUUUAUGAUGAACAUUUUAAAUAUACGAAAAUUCUUUAUUGUUACCUACCAAUUCAUUAUCCAUUCCAUUUUUUGGUCUGUGUAGCAAUGUAAUUCAGAGGCUUGAGACCGCAAAAAGUGACUUGCAAGUUAAAGUUACUAAGGAGGUAUUGCCUAAUGUUUUAAACUGUUUUUGGUUAUUAUGAUUAGACCAAAGAGACAAUUCAUUUCUAUGAGGCUCUGUCAUUCUUAUGUAGGUCCAAGGAAAUGCGAUGCUGCAAGCAAGCUUAGAAAAAAGAAAGGAAACACUGCAUGAGCGUCGCUUGGCCCUUGAGGAAGAUGUAUGUGCCAAUCUUAGAUAGCAUGCAGUUGCAAUUUGCAUUCUCAAUGGAAUUUAGAAAGAAAAAAAACUGUGAAGAUAAUCGAUUUCAUAAUCCUGGAUUGAAGAACACGCACUUUGAAAGAAACUUCAAGUUCUUUUUUUUUUAAUGCAUACAAUUUUGUGCUGCUUAACUAACGUCCAAUGAUGUGGACUAUUCCGCUGAUAAAAAUUGGUUUUUCUUUCCAACGCAAUAAAAAAGCAAUAUUUCAAGCAUAAAUGUUCAAUGUUUCUUUCCAACGUCAAAAGCAAUAUUUCUUAAUCUCUUGAUCUUAGCUUUCAAGCUGUUGCUUAAAUGAUGACCAAGUGAAGGGGUUGCCUAAGGUAGCAAGCUCAAGAGCUUCUCAUCUUGGUUGUCUUGGUUAUCAUGAUAUCCUUGUCUUUUGCAUUGAACAAUUUAUGAGGAAUCUUGUUUAACGAAUCUAAAACUUUUCCUACUAUGGCAAUGUUCUCGAUGACAAAAAGCUGUGCGAAAUAUAAAACACAUUCAUACACUGAAGUUAGACUUGUUUUCACGCCUGUAGUCUCUCUUAGUAAAGUAACAUGUGUCCAUCUUGCUUACCUUAAUCACUCUGCCAUGGCCCUGUCCUGGUCAUUUCGCUUCUUCCAGUCAAUUUUCUCAAAAAAGGCUAACAAAUCCUGAGCAACUGAUUUUAUGGAAGCAACAUUGCUUUAAUAAUCUAACAUUCAUGACUCUCCAGCGGCCUCUUCAGUAGUGAUAGAAAUGUGAUGUUACGAAUCUUUGGGAAAUUUUGACCUGCUGGUGAUUAUCUUGUAAUGUAUGGUCCUCCGGGAUCUCUAUGGAGCAUCUGUGCAGCUCAUGAUGAUCUUGUUUCUGAAAUAGGUAAAAAGAUUGCAAGAGCAACUGAGGAAAGAGAAGGAGUUGAGGACAUCCUUAGAGGCUGGUCUCAUGAACAUGAGACCUGGGCACGUAUCUCUCACAUCUGUCAUGGACCCCAAGGUGAAUCAGGAUAAGUUGAAAUAGUUGUUAUUAUUCGAAGGUUUUUAUGUUUUUGACCCAGAUUCAUAUACUAUUCUGGUCCAAAAAGGUGAGAGGGGAUCUCGAGGAAAUUGCUCUUGCUGAAGCAGAUGCGAUUAAUCUGAAACAUAAAGUUGCCGAGCUUCGUGGGCAGCUCAAUCAACAGUGUCAGCUGAACUCUGGCAAUCUCUGUCUAGCAUGUGGUCAACAACUGUAUGUGAAUCAUUUACCAGUGCAGUUAUUUUCUCAUUUACCCUCUCCACGCUCCUGUGAAUGAGGUGCCGUCAGCAUUGCACACUUUCCCUGUUCUAACCUUGAAAUCAAAGAAGAAAGAGUUCCCUCAGAAUCACAGAGAUGAAGAUAACGAAGAUCUGCUUUCCUUGUUAGGCUUUAAAUCCCAUGCAAUGCUUGAAAGUAUUCAAAGUUUCGUAGAUAAAUUUUCUCGUAACAGGUGCAUGGGAUCGUAUGCGGAUUCUUCUAGGGUUUCUUGAAUGGCAUUGCGGCCUUUCAUAUGUGAUUUGAUGAAAUUCUUUGGCCGUAGGAAGGACCAAUCGAAGUGCGUUCAGAAUUCAACCAGCACCCAUCAUCGUAGAAAUCCUUCUGGUAAAGAGGUACGCUUAUCUGGACUUGAGCAUUGUUUUUCCUCUUGUUUUCCAAAACAUGCCACUGAUUUAUUCAUACCGGAAGAAGUGGCUCCAUGUCUUUCCAUAAAUGGAUAUAAACACUUCAGCUUAGAAGUUACUCCCAAGCAGGUUAUACUACAUCUGAUCAGAUGAUUCCCAUCAAACAGGGAGUUGUUUGUGGUUCAUAAUAGAGACUGGCUUGGCUCCAAUAGACAGGAUCUAAAAAUUAAAAAAAAAAGUCAACCCAUUGUACCAUACCCAAAUGGAGUCUAUAUCAUACAACUCCAAGAAAUUAUCCCACGAGUCUGAGGUAUCAUUUGCAUCUUUCUUAGUUUUUUUGAGGUCCGGCAGGAGACUUGGGAUUAAUUUUUUUAUUUAUUUUGUCUUUAGAAAAUAUUUUCUUUAACUAUUCCAUCUUGAUUUUAUUUAUUUAUUAUGUUUUUAGACUGUUCCAAUGCACCUCCUCAUUCGGAAAUAAACAUUUAGGUGACGCUUUUUCUGCGUCCAUCUACAUAAUCAAAGCGUAUGUUCCAUUCUGGGACCAGUCUAAUGGACCAUGAGCAUCUAAUCUCAUACUGAAACUCACUCCACUGAACUUGAUCUUCCAUUGAUAGCAGACUACCAGAUUUGGAUCGGAUUAUGAACAUCUGGGCGACCCACCUGAAGAAUCAUCAGUGUCGAUGAAAGGGACGCCCUCCGAGAACAAUGAUUCCUCCGUCAAGGAGACAUCGUCCAGUGGUGCCCGUGCCAAUUCAAAGAGGCCCAUCAGGGGAGAGGUGGGGCACAAGCCUUUACCCAUCAUGCUCGUCUUCCUAAUUUUUUGUGUACACGACAUGAACCCGCCGUUGACUUUGGCCAACUCAGGAUAACUUAACUGGGAUAGAUCACGACAAGGUCAAAGCACCCGUCCAAGAGAAGUCUCCACCAGAUAAACAGCCUGCCCAGAAACACCAGCCAAAUGUGGGGGGAGUUAGGUUGUCUAAUGAGGAACAGACAACAGCGCGCCAGACUGCUGCUCCAAGGAAAGAUUCUUCAAGGGUUGAGGUACCUUCCUUUUCAUCACCGGUUGACCUCUGAAUCGCCAGUUUUUCAUUCUAGUGUGGAUGAGAUCAGCUCUAACUUCCUUUUUUCUGACCCAAAUCAUGAAAAAAAGAUCAAAUGAAAGAAAGAAAAAUAGAAUUUAAAACGUGGUACUCGAUCUAAGUUUAUUAAUGGGUGAUUUGUUCGAUGGACGGAUACAACAUCUGAGUUGACUAUUUUUUGCCCUUUCAAGUAACGAUUUGUUCCAUUGGCUGCAUGAAAUAAAACCGAAUACUUCUAAACCUGGCGUUGCAAUUAAAAUUAAUAUUUAUGCAUAAUAUGGCAUUUCUGUAGCUCCAAGAUUAGAAUCUGAUAUAAUAUCAAUAAUAUAAUAUAAAUCGUAUAUCUGCAGGUUCAACUUACAUAUUUCCCCAUAAAAACGGAUUUUAUUUUAACUAUUUUCCACAAUAUAACCCGUUAUAAAUGCAAAAAUUCGGAUUUCUGAAGCGUAAAAAUACCAAUUGAGACGCUGUGAGUGUAUAUACUGUGGGCAUCCUUGUAUUUAGCAAGAACGAUCAGAAAUUAUCAAAUGGUUCUUUAUUUUCUCAUGAAUGAUAGGUAGUUAGAAUAAGAAAUGAAACUAUGGUUUUGAUGCCCUUAUUCUUCGUUAUUACCAUACUAAAUGAAUUCCCAUCUUCCUUUCCGAGCCCUCGGAGCAUCACGAUGCAACCUCUGCAUCAUCAUCAUCGUCGUCGUCGUCAACCUCGGCGCUCUCCAGGUUGACCCACCGGCUCAAUUUCCUCAGGGAGCGGCGUUCCCAGCUGGCAAAUGA